AUUACCAAACUCCCAUCUCCAUUGCUUAAACACGCGGCUGUUUUGUAAAUAAAAAAGAGUUCUUUCAGUUUGAAACGAAAAACAUGAGUUUUCUGAAACCCAAGACCCACAUAGAAAAGGGAGAUGUGGUCAUCCUUUACUUGAGAGUCAGUUCCAUGCAUGCCAUCGAAGCGGUGCCCGAAAUAGUCAAUAAAAAAGGCGAAACAAUACCGCAUAUUUUUCAGACCAAUUAUGGUUCGCUAAAAGUUGAAAAUAUCAUCGGCGUCGAGUAUGGCAGUAAAGUGGAGCUCUCCAAGGGCUGGGCUCACGUCCUGCAGCCAACGCCGGAACUCUGGACACAAACGCUGCCCCACCGCACGCAGAUUAUUUAUACGCCGGAUAUCAGUAUGAUUAUCCAUCAGCUGGAGGUACGACCCGGUGCCGUGGUCGUUGAGUCGGGCACAGGAUCGGGAUCACUGUCGCACUACUUUCUAAGAGCACUGAAACCCACUGGCCACCUGCACACCUUCGAUUUCCACGAAGCUCGAGCGGAUCAGGCACGCGACGAGUUCCGGCGACAUGGUAUCGCCGACUUCGUCACCGUCUAUCACCGGGACGUUUGCAAUCUGGGCUUUGGCGCGGAACUGGAUGGAAAGGCCGAUGCGGUCUUCUUGGAUCUGCCCGCGCCCGAUCUCGCAGUGCCGCACGCCUUCAAGGCGUUGAAGCUGUCCGGAGGUCGUUUCUGUUCGUUUUCGCCCUGCAUUGAGCAGUCGCAGCGCAGCAUCCAAGAGCUAACCAAGCUGGGCUUCAACGAGAUUGUUUCCUUGGAGGUGCUGCAGCAGGAGAACGUGGUGAAGACUCGCACGCUGCCCGUCAUCGAUCUUGAGUUCCUUAAAUUGCCCAAAACCGAUGAGACGACGACGACGACGGCAGCAAAUGCCGAGGAGAGCAAGGCGCCAAAGGAGGUGAAGAAGUACCUGACCUCCAGUAAUCCCCAAACCCUGCCCGGUCACACGGGCUUCCUCACCUUCGCCAGUUUGCCACCAAAUAUACCCAAGGCCUGAUGAAUAAACUUGAAUUUACUUUUAUUUGACCCACGAA